CAGACACCUGCAGACACAUGGCAGCAGCACAUCAGACACACAGCUGUAUCUAUGUGGACAAUAGUCUCACUGGAGAGCUUCAUCCAUCUGCUAUCAACUAUGUCUUCUCGCACCAGUUCAGUUCUUCUUCUCAUCACUCUUUGGGCAUCCAUGGAGGAUGGUCUGAGUCUUCCGGUGAUAAAACGGCUAGAAGUGGAGGUCGGUGACGGUGUCCCAACACAGAGAGUGAGGAUCAAGCGCUGCGCCUGCAGCAGCCUGCUAGACUCUGAGUGCCACUACUUCUGCCACCUGGAUAUCAUCUGGAUCAACACGCCCAGUAAGACGACAGUUUAUGGUCUAGGCAGCGCUCUGUCCCGACGCAGAAGGUCCAUUCGCCGCUGCACCUGUGCCGACCUUGAUGAUCAUAACUGUACCAACUUCUGCCAUCACAGUCCUGAAGUCACAUCCCAAAAGAGAACUGUGAAGAGAAGUCAACUCAACAUACUGAGCAGCCUAAGAAAGGGUGGGAAACAAAAGGUUGCUGAAGGAUGGUGUCCGACGCGGGAAAGCCCAAAGCGCCACAAAAAUGUCUGUUUGUACCCGGGGGUCAAGGGUGGAACAUGUGACAGAGUUCUGCAAACAUAUCAUGUAAACAGAUGUGGAGGAUCAUCACUGAGAGGAGCUACUACCACGAUAAGAGAGCGCUGCACCUGUGGUCAUUUUGGACAUUAUGGCCGAUUGGUCUGUGAGACUCAGGGUGGUUGUCUGUGUGUCACUGCACAGACAGACAGGCAGGCCAGGCACUGACACAGAAGGCUGUGACAGGAAAAAAGGGACAUGCAUACUGUACAUACAUGUUCAGGAAUUUCUCAUAUACUGUAUUUACUUUUGUAAAACGUAUUUAUUUUCUUUUAUCAAUCAAUACAUUUAUUAUUUUACAAUCUAUAUAAUUACUUUUGUUAUGAUUGACUUUGCGGAUACAUGUUGAAAAAAGUUAUGUAGUCUACUGAAAGUUGUAUUUCUUUAUAAUAGAUUAUUGUGUGCAAGUGUAUAUUAAAUAUAUUAAAAUCAAGUCUGUAUCUUCGUAUCUGUCUGUAGGAGUGUUUUAAUGUAAAGAUAAAUUGAGACUAAAAAGUAAAAAAUUGA